AUGCUUCCUUUGGAGCAAUUUAUUGACCUUGAAAAAAAUAAUGGAAGUGAUACCAACAUAAGGGCUCCCGUAAUAUCACGACGUCACUUAUUUAAACUUUUGCUUUGCAGUAUAAUUCUUAUCGGGUUGCUUUCAUAUCCCAAAUGCUCAAUAGCUAAUUACACUGAACCCCGGACAACUGUGAAUAGAUCGAAUACUUACUUCAAUGGCACACAUGAUUUCAAGACGUUGACGAUAUUGAUAUCUAUCGAUGGGUUCCAUCCGAGAUUGAUAGAUGCAAAACACACGCCAUUUCUUUACAACUUGCACAAUUUGCGGUCACCGUACGAUAUGAAUAUCACAGCUGCACCGUACAUGAUUCCAAGUUUUCCCACACAGACAUUUCCCAACCACUGGAGCAUGGUAACGGGGAAAUACCCCAUUGAGCACGGCAUUGUUUCCAACAUGUUCUGGGAUAAUUCCACGAGUAGUGAAUUUAGACCAAAUAACCUCGACUCAAGAAUUUGGAGCAAUGUGGCUGACCCCAUCUGGCAACUACUGCAAACCAAAUCACAGGGCGAGUAUAAAGUGGCCACGCAUAUGUGGCCCGGGAGUGACGUUGUGUACGAGAAGUACGGAGAUGUACCUAGGGAAAGGAUGCCAUUCUAUUAUGACAAAUUCGAUCAGUGGGAAGGACUCCAAGAUAAAUUAGCUCAAAUUUUCCGAUACGUAGAUAUGCCUCAGCUAAAAGACAGACCUGAAUUGGUCUUAAGUUAUAUACCUAAUGUUGAUUCGUACGGACACAAUUUUGGAUACGAUUUGAGAGAUAAGCGGCUACAAAAGCUAAUCAGUGAAGUCGAUGGAUUCUUUCGCGGUUUAAUUGAAGGCCUCCAAGAAAGAAAUUUGUUGAAAAUUAGCAAUGUUAUGAUUGUCAGUGACCAUGGCAUGAGCAAUGUCAACACGAAUGACGGUGAGCAUGUUGUUGUGUGGGAAAGGAUGUUCCCGGGCGACGCAAUAUCCGCAUUUAUUUCGCACCUCUAUAACGAGGGCCCCAUGAUGAUGGUAUGUUUGAAAAACCCUCGAGACAAACAAUGGAUUCGUGACUUAAUUGAAGUUCAAUUGGAGAAAGUUUAUGGAGGGGAAUUAUCUAGAAAAUUUCACGUGAUCCUGAAAGAGGAUUUCGAGCCAAGCUGGAAAUAUUUCCAAUACGAUGGCAAGAAGCAUACCUAUGACGAUAGAGUGGGCGAUAUCUGGAUUCUCGCCGAUGAACACUACGCCAUUGUAAAAGAAACCAGUGAUGUACGUGUCGGUAUUAUGGGCACACAUGGAUACAACUUUGACAACUGUAGUGACAUGGCGUCUAUAUUCGUUGGAAUGGGUCCGAUGUUUAGCAAUGAAGUUAUACCUCCAUUUGAAAACAUUGAAAUCUACAAAAUGCUCAUCAAAGCAAGUGCCCUUCUGGAAGAAAAAGAGGGAAAGGAGGAGAAAAGUUUAUUACAAUAG